AUGGUUCCUAUAAUCCCAGAAUCAUGUGGUUGUUCAUAUUCAUGCCCAGAGGAGGAAGCAUUAUUGGAGAUGGCUCGUGAAGCGUUGGCAUCAAGGAGGUUAUCGUUCGACGAAGAUGAGUCGUGUUCAGUUUUAGCCAUGGUUGGUUUCCCGUUCAAGGAUUGUUUAGUCUUAGCUGUGGAAAGUGAAAAUCCCAAAAUGGAUUUCUUGCAUUCAAUGGAGCAAAUGACAAAAGCUUAUAAUGGAUUGAAGCCAGGUGGGGAAAUGGAUUGGGGUUUUUUAGAAGAUUUGCUUACUUGGUUCUUGAGGAUUAAUAAUAUGAAGAAUCAAGAUGUCAUAGUUGCUGCAUUUGUUGACUUGUGCUUGCUUCUAUCAUCCUCUUCUUAA